UCAAACGCACAGUUGAAGGAGCGCAUACUAACCGCACAAAUUGAAGGCGCGAGAAUUCUCCCAAAAACUCGUGUAGAAGUUUCAGACAAAUUCAUGCGACGAUUCUCUGUCUGCUCACCUUCAAGUUACCGUCUCAAUCCCGUAACAUCCAUGGCUACUGGAUCCGGUUCACUGAUUUGGUUCCGGAAAGGGCUCCGGGUCCACGACAACCCGGCUCUUGAAUACGCCGCAAAGGGUUCCCAAUUUCUGUAUCCGGUUUUUGUGAUUGACCCGCAUUACAUGGAGUCCGACCCGUCUGCGUUCUCACCCGGGUCGUCGCGCGCCGGAGUAAACCGGAUCCGUUUCUUACUGGAGAGCCUCAAGGAUCUCGAUUCCAGCCUGAAGAAAUUCGGUUCGCGGUUGCUGGUUCUUAAGGGUGAACCCGGGGAAGUCAUUGUUCGUUGCUUGCAAGAGUGGAAGGUGAAGAAGCUUUGCUAUGAAUAUGAUACAGAUCCGUAUUAUCAAGCUCUAGAUGUUAAAGUUAAGGAUUAUGCUUCUUCAACUGGAGUUGAGGUUUUCUCUCCAGUGAGCCACACUCUUUUCAAUCCCUCAGACAUUAUAGAGAAAAAUGGUGGAAAGCCACCUUUGAGUUACCAGUCAUUUCUGAAGAUUGCCGGUGAGCCUUCAUGUGCUAAAUCUGAACUUGUGAUGUCUUAUUCUUCACUUCCUCCGAUUGAAGAUGUUGGAAACCUUGGCGUUUCUGAAGUACCAACCCUUGAUGAACUUGGCUACAGAGACGAUGAACAAGCUGAAUGUACUCCUUUUAGAGGUGGUGAAUCGGAAGCCUUGAAACGUCUGACCAAGUCAAUCAGUGACAAGGCAUGGGUGGCAAACUUUGAGAAACCAAAGGGUGAUCCAUCUGCAUUCUUGAAGCCUGCAACUACGGUUUUGUCACCUUAUUUGAAAUUCGGAUGCCUUUCUUCGAGGUACUUUUAUCAAUGCCUUCAACGUAUUCACAAGGACGUGAAAAAGCAUACAUCGCCGCCAGUUUCUCUACUUGGACAGUUGUUGUGGCGAGAGUUUUUCUACACCACUGCAUUUGGAACCCCUAACUUUGACAAAAUGAAGGGAAACCGGAUCUGCAAACAGAUUCCAUGGAAAGAGGAUAAUGAUAUGUUGGCUGCUUGGAGGGACGGUAAAACAGGAUACCCUUGGAUUGAUGCCAUCAUGGUUCAGCUUCGGAAAUGGGGUUGGAUGCACCAUCUAGCACGUCAUUGUGUAGCCUGUUUUCUAACUCGUGGAGAUCUGUUCAUACAUUGGGAACAAGGGCGUGAUGUGUUCGAGAGGCUUUUGAUUGAUUCGGACUGGGCAAUCAAUAAUGGGAACUGGAUGUGGUUAUCAUGCUCGUCCUUCUUUUACCAGGCAUUGUCUCGUUUCUUUUCUUUUUCUUUUCGUGAUCAUAUUUACCAUAUGAAUGUUUUGUUUGCAAAGUUUCUUCAGUCAUGCGUAGAUUCUAUUCCGAUGCUUUGUGGUGGUUUGUUUCAGUACAACCGCAUAUACUCUCCUGUAUCAUUUGGAAAGAAGUAUGAUCCUGAUGGGAAGUACAUCAGACAUUUUCUCCCGGUACUGAAAGAUAUGCCAAAGCAGUAUAUUUACGAGCCAUGGACAGCGCCAAUGAGCGUUCAAACUAAAGCAAAGUGCAUAGUUGGGAAGGACUACCCAAAGCCAAUGGUUUUGCAUGAUUCGGCAAGCAAGGAGUGCAAGAGGAGGAUGGGUGAAACAUAUGCUUUGAACAAGAAGAUGGAUGGUAAGGUUGGUGAUCAAGAUCUGAUGGAUUUGAAGAGAAAGCUUGAGAAAGAUGAUGAACAUGAAGAGUCCAAGAUCAGGAAUCAACGACCAAAACUCAAUGAACCGAGGGACUGUGAUACUUUUUUUGGCGGGAAAAUGUCCGGAAAAGGAGCGAAAGGGCUGAUAAUGGGGAAACCCACCGGCAACGAAAAGGACAAGGACAAGAAGAAACCCACCACUCGCUCUUCUCGUGCUGGUCUACAGUUUCCAGUUGGAAGAGUCCAUAGACUGUUGAAAGGAAGGUCAACCGCUCACGGACGCGUCGGCGCAACCGCGGCGGUUUAUACAGCCGCCAUUUUGGAGUAUCUAACCGCGGAAGUCUUGGAGCUGGCCGGUAACGCGAGCAAGGAUCUGAAAGUGAAGCGUAUCACGCCGAGGCAUUUGCAGCUCGCCAUCCGUGGUGACGAAGAGCUUGAUACUCUCAUCAAAGGAACUAUUGCUGGUGGUGGAGUUAUUCCACACAUUCACAAGUCUCUCAUCAACAAAUCUGGCAAAGAAUAA